GCAGGUUGGAGCGGAGAGAGGCUGCGAUGGAGGGCGACAUCGUGGAUGAUACGGAGAGCUCUUCGAGCGAGUCGAAUGAUGAAACAUCCUCAGAGUCGGACGGCGACGGUGCAGAUGAUGACGCCCAAGGAGGCCUUGGUGGAGUUGUUGGUGGGUCCAGUUCGCAUGCGUGCUCCGCCUCGAAUUUAGCAGCUGCGUCUAGAGCGACGACUACCAGGGAGGAGCUAACACGCGAGGAAAAGCACGAGAAGUUGCAAAAUGUGAUGGACGGUUUGAAAGCUUUGGGUGAGCAUGGGCAGGCGGAUGCCCUUCGUUUGAAAGUGAAGCGUGCGAAGGAAGCUCAUCAGCAGCAAACAGUGCAAGAGGCCGAUAAUGCACUGGCGUUGGGAGAUGACGACGACUGCCCAGAGGCAGGAGAUGCUGGCGCGGUCGCUCAGAGUCAAACUAGUGGCACACAGCGCAAGAGCCGUUCAGUCUCGCAGGCUUACGCGUCUUUUAUGCAGAAUAUGGAGCAUAAAUCGGAAGACUUUCGUGGUGAAGCCGUAAAGCGAGCGCAGGAGCGGGAGGAGCGAAUCAAGUUCGAGUCGCUUUACAAGAAGCUACAGGAGAAAGACAGGAAAAUCGAUGAGAGCGGUAGUGCGUCAGUGGGCGCGGUGAAGAUGGAGUUCCAGCCCCAUCAUUUUGCGGACAUGGGCAAUCUUCGCGAUACCGUGUUGCAACUCCUCAGGGCAGACCUCGUGCCGGGUACUCUUCUACCGCAAAAAGUGGCAUCUUACUGCAGCGAGCGUUAUCGCCUUGAGAGGAAUAGGCGGGAUCUGAAGAAUGGAGCAAACGAUCUUCCGGGAUUCUGUUUUCUCUUACGCCGACAGCUCUUGCCUAUAGAGAUUGCUGACGUGCGUGCAUAUUUUGCGGCAGUGGCAAACGUGAUCCACGGGAGGAUCAGGAAGAUGGGCAAAAGCGAUCGUUCCGUUUAUGUCCAGGAGAUCAUGCAGGGCCUCAUCCAUUGGGAAUCGAAGAAACGGCAAGAGGCGCGGAGUGUCGUCAAUGACAUGUCAACUUCCAGCGCAGUUGUGGAGUUGGAGGUGCUAUUAAUAUUUGAUAUCUUAUUUGAUGCACUUGCACUGAGAUCUGAGCUGUCGGCUGUAUCCGGUCAUCUUUAUCUUUUCUAAACUUCUACAUCUACUUAUAUGUAGUACUCCGGAAGACAUAGUAAAGGUAGUUUUAAUCUAUCAGCUACUACAUCAAGAAUUAUGUCUGAUUUAUCAACCCACAGACCGACAGCAGACAAGCCGUUCGCAGCUUUAGUCCGCUAAAAUCACAUGACCCGAGCCAAACAGGGGCGCAAAGACAGCAGCCUGCCCUAACAGACAAUAGCCGGCAGGGGCCGUAUAGUGCCUCCAAGUCCAACGUGGCACCGCAGCAAGGCAAAGGUGGGUGCUCCUCGAGCUCGUCUAGUUCUCGUCUUAGCAAGGGAAAAGGCAACAAGGGGAAGGGAAAUGGGAAAGGAGCUGCACCAGGCCAACGUCAGACAACGAGCUCCAGAGCCGGCACUUCCGUGCAACAACUUCAAACCAGUGGUAGUGGUAAAGCGAAAGCGUCGAACUCCAAGUCGAAGGGAAAAGCUGGAGCAAGUGCACCUUCAUCGUCUAGGCCAGCAGAAGCACCUCAAGUUCUCCACCAAUCCUCGUCUUCAGCAGCUGCAGGUCCGAGGGCGCCUUCGCGGAGACCUCUAACAGAGGAAGACUGGGCCGCAAUGGGUCUGUAGAGGACGACGAGGAGGGCCCAUGAAGGCUUUCAGCACGGCGCUCUGUGCAUAAGUAAUUGUAGGUAACUCAUGUUAUAUAGAGGAGAGUAGUAACAUUUCUAAGACUUGCUAUCAUGUUCGUGCACUUCGGUUUGAUUAUUUGGGAACUGAUUGACUUCACUGCUCUACAGAGCCACUCCCUGAAGUCGAAAAUCAAUAUGUGCGUGCAGCUUUUUCAUCGACCAAGAUCAGCAAUUUAAGAGUAAGCACUUACUUGAACAGGCAUAGGCAAAUAACUUAAACUCGAUUUCGGGCCUAUCUUUCCAGCAUCAGGCAUGUACUAUGCCAGUAGGGUAUUAAGUAUUACUUAAGACGAGCUCAAGGCGACUUCUUCCUAGUUCUUUUCUCUUUCGAUCCGUCUUACUUCCAUCAAGAUCGCUGUAGUGCCCAACUAUAGAAGUUUACCACACAGUUGGGAACUACGUAUUUGUUUGAAAACAGAAGUAGAGCUUUCCGAUUUUGCGAAGGAGUUCUAAGUAAUUUCGCAGAUCGUGAGUAAGUAAGUAGUUUUGCACUUUCAAUACAAACUUCAACUGUCAGGAUGUAGUAGUGCCAGAAAGUCCUUAGACUAUUGCUGGCUCCUCCGACAUGAAAAAGUCUCCAUCUUCGCACUAGUAGUAGCACAGUAUGCCGCAUUUACUAUCAGCCCUAAGUAAAGGAAGGAAGGAGUGGCGCUUGAGCUUCAAUUUCAGAUAUUUGUGGGGUGUGGCUGGUUCAGCCUUCUUGAAGUAAGUACUAUGUUUGUAGACGCGCAUUGCAUUAAAAAUAGCACCGGCUUGCUUAUUCUGUCUAACAUGAGAUAUUUUUUUUAGAGAUACUAGAGGGGGGUAGACAAAUUAGCUAGAUUUUAGCUUACCCUGCACUAGCAUACCAAGAAAAAAUAAUACCUUUGUCGAUUUUGUGAGUGGAACAUUAGUCGCCUUUCUAGACUCCGGCCAGAAGAGCUACUCCUAAACCCCUUGCGCGGCGCCGCGCACGGGGUUUAGGAGACCUGCUGUAUUUCAUCUCCUCGCAGAACUAGACCGAUAGUAAGGACGUAUGUCGAUUUCGUCUAGCUCUAUGGCCAAAUAUCCACUAACGCUGAGAACUGUGCUUAUGUUGUCAGAAGUCUCCACCUCGUAGGUACUAGAUAUGUUGCACUCCCAGUUGCAUGAGUCCAAGCUGAGCUUUUUCACUUGAAAUGUAUUGAGUACGCACCUAAGGUCAAGAGUCUGGUGCUAGAAAGGCGUCAUAUGGUUCACAGCCAUUUCCGGGAAUGCGCUAGGUUUUCCGCAAGGGUCUCCUAAACCCCGUGCGCGGCGGCGCGCACGGGGUUUAGGCUAGGUCCUCCGCGCGGGACCUAGGAGGUUCCGGUCGGAAGACCUAGCCUAAACCCCGUGCGCGCCGCCGCGCACGGGGUUUAGGAGACCUUUGCGGAAAACCUAGCGUAUUCCCGGGAAUGGCUGUGAACGAUAUGGCGCCUUUCUGAAGCCUGACCAGACCCCUUAGGCGCGUGCUCAAACGUCACUGAUGCUUACUUAUUUUCCCAAACUAUUCGUAGUUUCUGAUGGUGGUCGCGCUGAGCUAUAAUAGCAUAGGACUUGAGCUACUAGUAAGUGUAUUUUAUUCUUCUCUUUCUCUCUCUACCUAAGUAAGUAAGUACUUCAGGUUCAACAUCACACACGGUGAUGGAGCAGGAAAUCUAGUGCCCCCGAUUGAGAUUGAGCG